AUGAAACGGUUUUUCGCAAAGGCUUCCAAGCCGUUCGCGAUAAACACCAACGUCAACAACAAGGCUUCAACGGAGGAUGAAACGACUGAAGCUGGAGCUUCAAGACAGCAACAACCCCGUGCAAGUACGAGUUCGAAUAGGUCGUCUGCGACGGCGACGGCGUCGCACACGACUCCGGGAUUGAAGCCUCGCGAUGUACUUCCGGCGGUCCCACAUCCUCGACCGUACGACCAUCUGGCGAUCCUACCGACACAGAAUGGGUUAUUGAUUCGGCCGUACAUCCCUGGACACUCGAAACGGAGGAAUCCUGUGUCUACGCAUGUGAAGAUUUCGUGGAGGACGGCUGAGAUUGUAGAGCUCGAGGAUGCGAGUGUGGCUAAAUCUCCUGAAGAGGAUUGGACGGAGAGUGUGAUUGUCUAUGGGAUUGUAACCGUUCAUCUACUUACUGAGGAGGGAAAUUCCAGGUUCAUAUUUGCUGGUUAUCAACUCGAGGGUGGAAGUUGGAAAUGGUGUGUUCAUUCAUCGUUGGGCUCUUCACUUUACACUGAGGCCCUUCCAGUCCUUGAUCCAGCCAAUACUGUCUAUCUAUUGAAGGGUGUUACGGCUAUUCCACUCGUUGAAGACCGCGCACGAACGGUCAUAUCCGCCCUUGCUUCAAGGAACAACGCCCUCGCCCGACCUUCCCUUAUCCACAGCACCCUUACUUCGGAUGAUGUCCUCAGUGCAGGUGUCCAGUCCCCUCGAGAGGGAGAAUCUAUGCCCAGGUCGUCUUCACCAAAAGUCCAAUUCGCAGCGGAUACGGAUGUCAAGAUCAUGACUCCCGCGUUGACUCCCGUGGCUACACGCGAAGACGAUGGGGUAGAGGAAGCACGUCUCGAUCUGAAGGAUGCGACUCUCCUCGAUCCAAAGGAUAUCGAGAGGCCGCCUUCGUCUCAAUCCAUCCGCUCGGACAUCUCCAGUCCUUCGUCCGAGAACUCUAUGAUCAAGUCUCCGGUGUUCAAAACCCUGGCUUCGCGUUUGUCGUUCUGGUCUCGUCUAUCCAAACGUCCUCCCAGUGUCGCCCCUACGCCGUCGGAAUUUGAGUUCCCCAUGACGAUGAACCCUUCAAGCAUCAGUGAGGAGAGGGAAGUGUUGGAUAGUUUGAUGGCGAAGGAGGAACCGCACAAGGUUGUUGAACAGAUCGUUCAGGCAACUGCACCUCCGCCGACAUCCAACGAAGAGAAGCACAGAGAGCUAGAGGAGAAGGUUGUGCGGGAGUGUAUCAGUCAGUUGACAAAAGGGUGUAUGUAUUGGGCGUACAACUUUGACAUAACUCGGUCGCUUCAACACAAGCAAGAACAGAUCGCCAAGUCGCAGAAGCAACAUGAACUGCUACACGGUCUCGGUGCUCUCCCCAAAACGGAUUCCGGAGUCUACUCGCCUUAUCCUAAGGAUGGGGAGAAGGUUUCACCCCUGGCCGAGCCCUACCCCACCCUACCGCUUUGGAGACGCGUCGAUAGACAAUUUUGGUGGAACGAAUGGAUGGCAAAGCCUUUGGUUGAUGCCGGACUGCAUUCCUACGUCCUUCCCCUAAUGCAAGGCUAUUUCCAACCGGCGGUGUUGACUGUUCCACCCGGUCCAGGUGAAGAAGAGCAAGAAGAUGUGAUAGUGAACUAUAUCAUCAUCUCUCGCAGAUCACGACAUCGCGUCGGCCUGCGGUAUCAGCGAAGAGGCGUUGAUGACGAAGCCCAGGUCGCUAAUUUCGUAGAGACGGAGACUAUCAUGAGAGUGGAGUCCUUCCUUGACAUCAUGGCUAAUGAAUUCGCCCGUUAUUCUCAGCGAGAGAAGCGACAGAAUAUCUUUAGUUACGUCCAAAUCCGAGGAUCGAUUCCUCUGUUCUGGACGCAAUCCGGCUAUAGCCUGAAACCGCCACCUGUGUUGGAAUCUGAUAGAACGCAUCAGCAGCACUUGGAUGCACUUUCGAGACACUUUAAGAGAACAAUCCCAGUCUAUGGACCGCACACUAUUGUUAACCUCGCAGAACAAGGAGGUCGGGAAGGGCCAAUCACACAGGCGUACCGGGAAUAUGUCGUUGAAUUUGAUAACAAGGAUGUCCAAUAUUGUGAAUAUGAUUUCCAUCAAGAGACGAAGGGCAUGAAGUAUGAGAAUAUCAGCAAACUGGUCGACUCGAUGCAGCGUGUCUUCGAAUCCCAAGGGUACCUUUGGAUUUCGGAUGACACGGUCCUAUCCCAUCAGAAGGGCGUAUUCCGAGUCAAUUGCAUCGAUUGUCUGGACCGUACCAAUGUGGUGCAGUCGGCAUUUGCCAGAUACGUUCUGAAUCAACAGCUAAGCGCUGUCGCCUUGUUAACGCCUUCUGUGACUGGAGGCAUUGAGACUGAUUUGAUUUUUAAUGAUGUCUGGGCAAACAAUGGAGACGCGAUCAGUCGAGCUUAUGCUGGCACUUCUGCUCUGAAGGGUGACUUCACUCGAACCGGAAAGCGGGAUCUGAGCGGGAUGCUCAACGAUGGUGUUAAUUCGCUGGCACGAAUGUACACCUCAACUUUCAGCGACUGGUUCUCCCAAGCCGUCAUCGACUUUCUGCUCGGCUGCCGAACAAAGAGCGUCUUUUCGGAGUUCUUGCUUAGGCUCCAGACGACGGACCCGAGAGACCUUAUCAGACUUUCUAAGAUUCGGGCAGAGGCUAUUGCGACUGCGACGUCGCGCGUGCUUCCUGAAGGAGAGAGGCUGAUUUCUGGGUGGACGUUGUUUGCUCCCGAGGAGUUGAACGCCAAGGUUGCGGAGAAGUUUGAGGAGAAGGUUUUGUUGUUGAGCUAA